AAUGGUGUCCACAUGGCAACCUCAUUUAUGUCAUUCAGCAUUUCAGUCAGGGAGUCAAGGGUGUCGGGCUCUGUGACUAAAUUGCCCCCCAUGCUAGGGCCAUUGCUGGUAUGGAUAGAGGCUUACUUACCCAGUAGAAUCUUUGUGUAAUGCUGAUCACCUCUUCCUGCAAACCGGCUCAUUGUUUGGGUUGGAUGGCAUGAAGCCGAUGCCAUUGGCUAGAUCCUCAGGGCACCCCAAACCCUUUCCUUUUGUGUUUGGCUUUGUCCAAGCUGACUGCAGUAAGAAGUCCUGCUCAGUGCAGUAGGCGUGAAAGCUUUGUGAUUCUUGCUGAUGUGUCCAUCUCCCAUAUUCCAAUUAAGGAAUCUUUUAGACAGGCUAGAGGCAUAAACUUUACCCAUGGUGUUACCCAGAGAUCUAGAUCUUCAGGUGGAAGGCAACAAGUUCUUUAGUUUCUUUUUUAUAGAUUAAAAUAGGCAGAGAUGACUGACACACCUCUGGACCAUUACUGUUUAUAUACCAUUAAAAACAAUGGUGUGAAACUAGGUUGCUCAUUAUCACCACUAUCGUUCAACAUGCUACUAGAAAUGUUUGCUUUAGCAGUGAAAGAAGGAAAAGAAACUGAAAGGAUUAGAGUCAGCACUGAGGAAAAACAAAGUAUUACUCUUUUCUAGAUGACAUGAAGAUAUACUUGGAGAACUCUGGAGAAUCAAGUAAAACAGACUAGUUGAAAAAUUAACUUCAACAAAGUUACAAGAUAGGAAAUGAACCCAUACAAAUCAUUAGCAUUUCUAUAUAUCACCAGCAAAGACCAGCAGCGAGAGAUGGAAAGAUAAAUUCCAUUUAAACUAAGUGGAGACAACUUAAAAUACUUGCCAAGACAAAGCUAGGAACUAUUUGAACAGAAUUACAAAACACUUUUCCCACAGGUAAAGUCAACUCGAAAUAAUUGAGAAAGCAUUAAUUGCUCAUGGGUUGGCUGAGCCUAUAUGAUAAAAAUUAUAUUUUUACCAAAAUCACUUUACUUAUUUAGUGCCAUACCAAUGAAACUACCAAAAAAUGAUUUUAGAAAGUUAGAAGAAUAAUACCAAAGUUAAACUAAAAGAACAAAAGGUCAAGAAUAUCAAGGCAAGCAAUGUGGGGGGGGAGGAAGUGAAGGAAGGUGGCCUAGUCAUACCAGAUCUCAAACGUAUUAGAAAGUGAUAAUCAUCAAAACAAUCUGGUGCUGGCCAAGAGACAGGGAUAGAUUAGGUACACAGUGGUGGCUGAUUAUGGUCAUCUAGUGUUUGAUAAACCCAAAGAACCCAGCUCCUGGGACGAGAACUCUAUUUGACAAAAACUUCUGGGAAAACUAGAGAGCAGUAUGAUCAAAAGUAGGUUUUACAUAGUAGACCAAGAUGAGGUCAAAAUGGGUACAUGAUUUAGACAAAGAUACCACAGGCAAAUUAGGAGAGCAAGGAAUAGUUUACCUGUCAGAUCUAUGGUUAAGGGAAGAAUUUUAUCAUCUGAUUUUUUUUUAUUUACAAGAUAUAUGCAUGGGUAAUUUUACAGCAUUGACAAUUGCCAGACCUUUUGUUCCACUUUCCCCUCCUUCCCCCCACGCCUCCCCCCGAUGGCAGAUUGACCAAUACAUGUUAAAUAGGUUAAAGUAUAAAUUAAAUACAAUAUAAGUAUACAUGUCUUAACAGUUAUUUUGCUGUACAGAAAGAAUCAGACUUUGAAAUAGUAUACUAUUAGCCUGUGAAGGAAAUCAAAAAUGCAGGCAGACAAAGAUAGAGGAAUUCUAUGUGGUGGUUCAUACUCAUCUCCCAGAGUUCUUCACUGGGUGUAGCUGGCUCAAUUCAUUCCUGCUCCAUUGGAACUGAUUUGGUUCAUCUCAUUGUUGAAGAGGGCCACGUCCAUCAGACUUGAUCCCCAUAUGGUAUUGUUGUUGAAGUAUAUAAUGAUCUUCUGGUCCUACUCAUUUCAUUCAGCAUCAGUUCCUGUAAGUCUCUCCAGGCCUUUCUGAAAUCAUCCUGCUGGUCAUUUCUUACCGAACAAUAAUAUUCCAUAUUAUUCAUAUACCACAAUUUAUUCAACCAUUCUCCAACUGAUGGGCAUAAGGGAAGAAUUUAUGACUCAACGAGAUAAAGAACAUUAUGGAACAAGGAGAGUCAGAGGCUGGAAUCGGGGGCAGGAAGAAAUCGGAGGGGCUGAUGCCCCGUUUUGCAAGUCAAGAAACUGAACUCCUUAGAGGGAAAAGGACUUGUCCAGAAUUCCCAAGCAAGCCAGUGGCAAGGAGAAUGUCAUGAAGUCAAACAUUGACAAGAAGUUCUCAAUCCAUUAUGACGCAGUAGAGGCUGAACUCAGAUCCAGCACUGUGGGUCUUGUAACCCUGAGUGACAUGAAGGCCAAGCGGGAAGAGCUGGUGAAGGAGCGGGAAAAGCAGCUGGUUAAAAAGGAACAGUCCAAAAAAGUUCAGCUAAAGCUAGGGAAACUGCGAGAAAAGAAACGCAAGAAGGACGACAAGCAGAAGAUCUCUGGCCUGUCCUUCUCCUUGGAUGACGACGAGGAUUUUCAGGAAGAAGAGGACGAUAAGGAUGGUGACCUGCUACGGGAAAGUAAGAACAGGGAGAUGCCCAAAGAGGGACAGCUGACGAUCCCUUUAAAAAAGAAAAAAUUAGGGAAGAACCCAGACGUGGACACAAGCUUUCUUCCGGACCGUGACCGAGAGGAAGAGGAAAAUAGGAUCCGGGAGGAACUUCGGCAGGAAUGGGAGGCCAAGCAGGAGAAGAUCAAGAGUGAAGAAAUUGAAAUCACGUUUAGUUACUGGGAUGGCUCUGGGCACCGGAGAACCGUGAUGAUGAAGAAGGGGAAUUCGAUGCACCAGUUCCUGCAGAAAGCUCUGGUGAUCCUGCGGAAAGACUUUAGUGAACUGAGGAAACAUGUGCACUUUAGCAGGGGCCCUCUGGAGCCAAGGGUCCUGCCUUGCCUCUGUUGUCCAAUCCGAAGAUGUGACCGACUUUUGACAGAUCCGGCUGGGUCGGCUGGAAGGCUGGUGGGAGAUGGAGCUGAACGUGUGGAGGGCUGCCCCCACUUUCUGGCUAGCCUGAUUUCUCUACCUAGGGAGGGAGGAGGCUGGGGAAGCCUCGGCCAUGCUGCUGACUUCCUUCCCCUACUUCCCCCCAGGUCAGUAGGAGUGGAGCAGCUCAUGUACAUCAAGGAGGAUCUGAUCAUUCCUCACCAUCGCAGCUUCUAUGACUUCAUUGUCACCAAAGCCAGAGGAAAGAGUGGCCCACUCUUUAACUUUGAUGUCCACGAUGACGUCCGGCUGCUCAAUGAUGCUACGGUGGAGAAGGAUGAGUCACACGCUGGAAAGGUGGUGCUGAGAAGCUGGUAUGAAAAGAACAAACAUAUUUUCCCAGCCAACCGCUGGGAGCCCUAUGACCCAGAGAAGAAAUGGAACAAGUACACGGUCCAUCUGGGAAGCAGACCCUGGAGCUGGUGCACAUCAAGGAAGCUGUGACAGAGCUGAUGCCUGAAUUUCUACUCUCUAAGUCUGUAACUUACUGUUAUUUGCACAUUUCUUAUUUCAGAAUAAAUAAACUUUUGUGUGAGAA